AUCAUCGAUGUGAAACCCCCGUCCGUGCGAUUCCUCCCGGAAGGCGCACGAAUAGCUGCCUACUGGAGUCAACAGUACCGAUGCCUCUACCCAGGGACGGUUGUCCGAGGUGUCCAUGAUCAAGAGGAAGAUGGCAAUUUGAUCACUGUGGAAUUUGACGAUGGGGACACCGGGAGGAUCCCUUUAUCUCACAUCCGGCUUCUCCCCCCUGAUUACAAGAUCCAAUGUGCUGAGCCCUCUCCUGCCCUCCUGGUGCCGAGCAUGAGACGCCGCAGCCGUAAAUCCAGUAAGGACGAAGGCAAUGGGGUGGAAUCAGAAGACUCGGGAGCCAAAGGCAAAGGGCGUGGAAGGAAGCCGAAUAAGAAACAAAAAACAGAAGAAUCCGUCCUGGCAGACCAGACCAUCGUGGGGGAGAUGCUGUCCGCCUCUUCUCUUGGCUCGGAAAUGCCGGUUUGCAAACAAGCUUCCAAAAAGAUCCCGUCGGAUCCUUCCAGGACUUCCCCAGCUCCUGCCGAAGACAAGCAUCACAGCAAAGCAGGCAAGGGGAAGAUUCCUGCCAAGCUCCAUAGCUCGGUUCCCGCCACCUUCCAGACACCGGUGUUCGGCAGCGUUCGUGGGAACGAACCCUACCCUGGACCGUACGGUCCUUCCGGCGGCUCCUCGGGGAAAGUCAAAUCGAAGAAAGGAAAAUCCACCGAGGAGGGACAAGAAUUUGGGUCUGCUCCCAAAGCUCAGAGGAAGAUCCCAGACAGUGAGAUCUUGAUCAAGCUGGACCACGAGGGGGUCAUGUCUCCCAAGACCAAGAAGACCAAAGAGGCCAUGAGGAUGCUGGGGGAGUCAAGUCUGGCCAGUAGGAGAGAAGCUAAGAACAUCUUAGGGCUCAGCUACACUGCCAUGGCCUGUUCGAACCCCAAGCAGAAACCUUCUCGGAGCAAGGUUGCCGAGGGAGAGCCCUCUACUAAUUUUGGAGGCAAGUUUGAGAACUCUGGAGAUCCUCCAUCUUCUUCUAAGGCUCAAGAAGACAACGGUGAAGUGGCCCCUGCGAGGGACGAGUCGGAAAGUAGUGGUAGCAGUUCGGAUUCGGAAGGAGGAGAAGAAGAAGAAACGGAGAAGAACGGAAGUGGGGCUCAAGAUAGCAGCUCGGCCAGUUCGAGAGCCUCCACCCCAAUUUCCUCUUCAAACUCCUCCUCCUCUUCUUCCUCCAGCAGCAGUAGCUCCUCCUCCUCCUCUUCUUCUUCUUCCUCCUCCUCCUCCUCUUCCUCCUCCUCCACUUCCUCCUCCAGCUCCAGCUCCUCUUCCUCCUCCUCCUCCUCUUCCACCACCGACGAAGACUCUUCCUGCAGCUCCGAAGACGAGGGGGCAGAGACCCAACCCAGCGCCUCUUCCACGCCGCCCACCCUCCCCGCCAAGCCCACCAAGGCCUCAGGGAAAUCGCCGUCUUCUUCACAUUCCCGAAACCCAAAGCAACCCCAGCAACAGGUAGCGCAAAAGCAACAACCGAGCGGGAACAAGAACCGGAGUAAGAAACGGGAAGGGAUCCACUUGCCCACCACGAAAGAACUCGCUAAACGCCAGAGGCUGCCCUCGGUGGAGAACCGGCCCAAAAUUGCUGCGUUCCUGCCUGCACGGCAACUUUGGAAGUGGUUUGGGAACCCUACCCAGGUAAGAGCACCAAUCCACCCUCCUGGAUUGUCCUUCGCGACGAUCUCUUUUGUUGAGGUAGACACUGACUUCCAUCAGUCCACGCUGGUUGGGUGGCUGGAAAUUGUCAACUCACAUCUGGAUGAGGACACAGAUGGUUAACUCUUUUAGAUAGAUAGAUAGAUAGAUAGAUAGAUAGAUAGAUAGAUAGAUAGAUAGAUAGAUAGAUAGAUAGAUA